UGUCUUUUUUUGUCUCUUGUUCAGAGGAAACUCGGUAUGUUGUUGAUGCUCGUGAGAUUUAUCCCAACAGGAAGAGUGUAAAUGGAGCUCUGUGAGAGAAAUGGGAUGGAUCCAAUCCUCUUAGUGUUCUGUCACUCCAUUGCUUUCCUCUGUCACCAUCAUCUCUGUAGCACCACAAGUCUGGAUGUGUUGUUGUUGACAUUGGGUAGCUAGAGAGUUUUCACUUCCUCCACAGUGAAAGCCACAAUCAGUCUAGGAAGCAGGAGCAUGGACACCCUGCCCUCCAUCUUGGGGGAUAGAAAUGUAGUGUAUAAGACAUUUGAACAAAAGCGUACAUGUAGGUAAUGAAAUCAACAAUGUAUCUUAAACAGCUAAGAUCUUGUUUUGAUUGGUCUUUGGCUGAUGAUCUUGAACAUAGGGAUACACCUAACCCAUCUUUUCUCCAUCGAAUCCAAUACCCAAACUCAAGUGUAUCUGCUGAUACAAACAUAGAUCAGAUACUGCUGCUCUUUUUUUUUUUUUCUGUUUCAGUGUAAAAUCUGCGCACCUCACUGGACCUGAUUGGGGUUGUUUGUGUUUAACUGAACUCAGCAGACAGCAGGAUUGCUCUGGAGUUGCUCCUCUGUAGCUGACCCUGUGCUGUGCAGCUAAGAGAGUUUCAUGAUAGGGAUCAAUAAGGUGCCCAUGUGCUGAUUCCUUAGGCCCAUCCAUUACUGCAGAUGAAUCUUCAGCUGCUUUGGUGUAGCUCAGCACCCAGAUAGUCCCAUCCCCUUUGCGUGGGUGAUACGGGACUACAUUAACCAGGAUGCCCUCCUCUGUAAGGGCAGGGAGCCUGAAGGAUCCGGAGGUGGCUGAGCUUUUCUUCAAAGAAGACCCAGAGAAGCUUUUCUCAGACCUCCGAGAGAUUGGCCAUGGCAGCUUUGGCGCCGUCUACUUUGCACGGGAUGUGCGCACAAAUGAGGUGGUGGCAAUUAAAAAGAUGUCCUACAGCGGCAAACAGUCUAAUGAGAAAUGGCAGGACAUUAUAAAGGAGGUAAAGUUUCUCCAGAGGAUCCGGCACCCCAACAGUAUAGAAUACAAAGGCUGCUACCUCCGUGAGCACACAGCAUGGCUGGUGAUGGAGUACUGUCUGGGCUCAGCCUCUGAUCUGCUAGAAGUUCAUAAAAAGCCUCUACAAGAAGUAGAAAUUGCUGCCAUUACACAUGGUGCUCUGCAGGGGUUGGCCUACCUUCAUUCCCACAAUAUGAUCCACAGGGAUGUGAAGGCAGGAAACAUCCUGCUGACUGAGCCUGGGCAGGUCAAACUGGCAGACUUUGGCUCUGCCUCCAUCGCUUCACCUGCCAACUCCUUUGUGGGAACGCCAUAUUGGAUGGCCCCAGAGGUGAUUCUAGCUAUGGACGAGGGCCAGUAUGACGGGAAGGUGGAUGUCUGGUCCUUGGGGAUCACUUGUAUAGAAUUAGCGGAGAGGAAGCCUCCCUUGUUUAACAUGAAUGCAAUGAGUGCCUUAUACCACAUAGCGCAGAACGAGAGCCCCACGCUGCAAUCUAGUGAAUGGACGGAUUACUUUAGAAACUUUAUCGAUUCUUGCCUUCAGAAAAUCCCCCAGGACAGGCCGCACUCUGAUGACAUGCUGGGCCAUGCGUUUCUGCAGCGUGAACGUCCAGACUCCGUGCUGAUGGAUCUUAUUCAGAGGACCAAGGAUGCAGUGCGAGAGCUGGAUAACCUGCAGUACCGCAAGAUGAAGAAGAUCCUCCUUCAGGAGGCCCACAACGGACCCACAGCAGAAACCCAGGAUGGAGAUGAGGAGCUGGAGCCUGGGGGAGGUCGGACCGGAACGGUGAACAGUGUGGGCAGUAAUCAGUCCAUCCCUAGCAUGUCCAUCAGCGCCAGCUCCCAGAGCAGUUCUGUCAACAGUCUGAACGAAGCGGCCCAGGACAGCCGCAGCGAGCUGGAUCUGAUGGAGGGAGACCACACUGUCAUGUCCAACAGCUCCGUCAUACACCUCAAACCGGAGGAAGAGGAGAGUUUCUCUGGGGAGCAGGCAGCCAGCAGUCAACCCUCUGAGCCCCAGGCAACACCAGCUCAGGCUCCGAGGAAGCACUACCGCAACAGAGAGCAUUUUGCCACCAUACGCACAGCGUCACUUGUGACCCGCGAGAUGCAGGAACACGAGCAGGACUCCGAACUACGGGAGCAAAUGUCAGGAUACAAACGCAUGAGACGGCAACAUCAGAAGCACCUGAUGGCCCUGGAGAACAAGCUGAAAGGGGAGAUGGAUGAGCACCGCCUGAGGCUGGACAAAGAGCUGGAGAGUCAGAGAAGCAACUUCACCCAGGAGAUGGAAAAGCUGCUUAAAAAACACCAGGCAGCCCUGGAGAAAGAUCUGAAGACAUUUACCAAUGAUGAGAAGAAGUUCCAGCAGCACAUCCAGGUGCAGCAGAAGAAGGAGCUCAGCAGCUUCCUGGAGUCACAGAAGCGGGAGUAUAAACUACGCAAGGAGCAGCUCAAAGAGGAGCUGAGCGAGAACCAGUCAACUCCCAAGAAGGAGAAGCAGGAGUGGCUGUCCAAGCAGAAAGAGAACAUCCAGCACUUCCAGGCUGAGGAGGAGGCCAACUUGCUGAGGAGACAGAGGCAGUACCUUGAGCUGGAGUGUCGGAGGUUCAAACGCAGGAUCCUCAUUGCCAGACACAAUGUGGAGCAGGAUCUGGCCAGAGAGGAGCUGAACAAACGGCAGACACAGAAGGACCUGGAGCACGCCAUGCUGCUCAGGCAUCACGAGUCGAUGCAGGAGCUGGAGUUCAGGCACCUGGGGACGAUCCAGAAAGCACGGGCAGAGCUGAUCCGGACCCAGCACCAGACAGAGCUCACCAACCAGCUGGAAUACAAUAAGAGGAGGGAGAGAGAGCUGAGGCGCAAGCAUGUCAUGGAAGUCCGACAGCAGCCGAAGAGCCUCAAGUCAAAGGAGCUUCAGAUCAAGAAGCAGUUCCAGGAGACUUGCAAAACCCAGACCAGGCAGUACAAGGCCCUCAGGAACCAUCUGCUGGAGACCACGCCCAAGUCUGACCACAAGGCCGUGCUGAAGAGGCUGAAGGAGGAGCAGACCAGGAAGCUGGCCAUCCUGGCCGAGCAGUACGACCACUCCAUCAAUGAAAUGCUCUCCACGCAGGCUCUGCGGUUAGAUGAAGCUCAAGAGGGCGAGUGUCAGGUCCUGAGGAUGCAGCUGCAACAGGAGCUGGAGCUGCUCAACGCAUACCAGAGCAAGAUCAAGAUGCAAACAGACGCUCAGCACGACAAGGAGAGGAGGGAGCUGGAGCAGAGGGUCUCUCUGCGGAGGGCUCUGCUGGAGCAGAAAAUUGAGGAGGAAAUGCUGGCCCUGCAGAACGAACGCCUGGAACGAAUCCGCUCACUGCUGGAGCGCCAGGCCCGAGAGAUCGAGGCUUUUGACUCGGAGUCCAUGCGGCUGGGCUUUAGCAACAUGGUGCUCACUAACCUGGCUCCCGACUCCCAGGGAGGCUGGGGCGGAGGAGGUGGGGGAGGCCAGGGGGCUCAGGGGGGAGGCCACUGGCCCGGAGGAGGUGGAGGAGGAGGCCACCAUAGUCAUCACCACCAGGGGGGCUCCAGCUCACAGCAGCCCUGGGGUCACCCCAUGCUGGCUGGGGGCCCGCCACCCUGGAGCCUCCACCACCCCGGAGGAGGGAGUCAGAGGGGGAGCGGGGGCGGCGUGGGAGGGGUGAGGAACAGCCCACAGGCUAUGAGGAGGACGUCAUCAGGGGGGAGGAGUGAACAGGGCAUGAGCAGGAGCGCCAGCAUCACCUCUCAGAUAUCCAACGGAUCCCACCUGUCGUACACCUAGAACGAACACACACACACAUAAACAAACACACACACACACGAGCAACACAGUAAUUGUCUUAAAGUAAAAUUCUUGUGCACCAAUGUAACACUGUACACAGACACACACCAUGCAUGCACCACACAUGCUUCACACACACUUGUUGCAAUCUCCCACAGUAUGUCUGACACACACUGCACAGUACUGAGACUGGGUUUACCUCAUCCCAGUGUCUCUUCCAUCACUACUGUUCUCUUACACCAGUUUACUGCUAGCAGCAGUCUGUGGAAACCCAACAGUCUUGAGACCAAUCCAAGAUGGCUGAGGGCCACAUACAGUAUGCCAUAACGCAGUAGUGUCAUUUUUACGGUAGCCUAGAGUGCUAUUUUAUGUGUUCAUAUUUGCAAUGCUAGUCUCUGUUGCCAUAGACACAAAGUAGUGUAUAAAUAUUAUCUACCAUGGAGUUUAUGAUAAAGAGUUGUUUAUUUGCAGUAUGCUGUUUUAUAUGCUGUUUUGUGGUAGCACGAUAAGGUGCAUUAUGGGAAAAUUUGCACAGUGUGUGCAGUUUUUAAAACAACUAUAAAUAUUUGUCCUUGUGCAAAUUCCUUCAAACCACUCACGGCUCAGAUUUAAGCAGAGAUAUCUUAAUGAUAGAAAGUUUAUUGAGAUUAUUGUUUAUGUGCAGUUUCAGGCAAAAGAGAAGGCAGCAGGUGAUGUAGGGUUCUGAUGUAAGAUUGAUAAUUGAAGAACAAACCGUUUCAGGACAUGUUGGACAGAGUCUAGAAGGAAAAUGAAUAGAAGAAGAGAACAAAGGUUGUUGUAAGUGAGUACCAGUUGGUAUCUCUGACUUUAUAGAAGUAGUGCAGGGACAGCUACUGGAUAGCUAAAAGUAUGUAAUCUUUCAUUCCAGCCGAAGUGACUUAACUGAGAAGCUUAUCUUCCACCAGAGAGGCAGUCUAAGCAGUGAAAUCACCUGGUGCAGUGAUUUAAUGAAACAAUACUCUCAACGCCACACAGGUUUAACUUCCCUGGAAUUAAAGGUUAUUGUGUACUACAGGCAGGGCUGCAAAGAUGCCAAAUGUAAGGGUGCAGAGUCGGAUGUGUCGUCGUGACUAUUCAUGCCAAUAUAUUGUUAUGUUUUUAAUGAGAUUGUGCCGGAGAUGUCCGUGGAAGUUCAGUUCAUACUCUGAGGCCAAGUAGAUGCAUCUUUUGCUGGACCGGAGGAGAGCAUGCUCAGCCUUAUUGGUUCAGCUCUUGGGUUUCCACAGACCUCUGCCCUUCACUCACACCUGCUCAGUGGACGGCCAGUUUGAGGGAUACUGAAGCCUUAUUAGUCCACAGCCCUCACGACAGGGAUGGGUUUUCAGCAGCACUCAACCUCUACUUGAAUAAUUUCAAAACUGUGUGUUCACUUCUCACUUGUUUGCAGUAACUUCUUGGUCUAAUCUGGCUCUGUCUUAGUGAUGCACUAUGCAGUAAAAAUUGACAAAUUGAACCAUGCCUGCUGGCUUACCUCAAGAACACUCAAGCUGAACUUCACCACAGGGUGUCGUGACUUGACAAUGAGUUGCACUUUGGCACAGGCCUUUACCCAAACUAGAUGUUAAUCAGAUAUAUUGACACACGCACACACACAUACAUACCUACAGUAGUUAUUGUACAUUUUUUAUUCCCCAGUCAACCAAUAUGUCCCUUUGCACACUUGGAUGAUGAAUGCAUGUACAGGGUUAAAUUUUGUGAAAGUCAGAUUGGGACAUAAAAGUAAAAAAAUUAAAUUAAAUUAAAAAAAAUAUAAAAAAAAGAUCAGAUUUUCUAAAAAGUAGUGCACUUAGUUGUUGGCUGUAAAUGAGCAAACACACUCAGCAGCAGGUAAAUUUUAGGUCAAAAAAUCAUUUGUUUUUGGGGCAACUCUGUAGGUAACAUUGUCCCUCACAGUUGUCUAAAUAUGUCCCAGUGUGUUGUUUUUGACUUAAAAAAAAAAAAAAAAAAAAAGACCUUUUUAAAGGGGCAGAAGUAAAAUGAAUGAACACGUGGUGCGCGGAGGAGCUCCACUCGCUCUGCUGGUUGGUGACUGCUGAAUGUCUCAGUGGGUGGAUGGGUGGUGAUGCUGUGAUCUCCGCUGCCAUGCCCCUGCAACCUUCCCCGGUCUGACACCCCGCUCUGUCUCACCCCUGGUGACCCCAAUGUCAUGUUCUGACCACCGAUCUCCCUCUUUCCCUCCACCUCCCGUUUCCUCCCCCCCUGAGCCUGAUGUGGUCUUCACCCCCUCCCUGAUCUAUUUGCGUAGAGCUCUUCAAGUGAAAGAAAAGAAGAAAAUGUUUUUUUUAUUUAUUUUUAUAUAUAUAUAUAUAUAUAUAUAUAUAUAUAUAUAUAUAAAAAUAAAAAUAAAUAAUAUGUGUAUUAUUAUAUAAAUCUAUAUAUAAAAAAAAGAAGGAUUAUAGCGAUAAAGGUGGAAGUCUUAUUGUGAAAUGCAGAGAAUUUGCAUUAUAUGAUUUCAGAGGUGGAUUGUACAGGAAACCUGUUAAUAUUGUAUAUUUUGAAUUUGAAAAUAUGGAAAUCUAAUUGACAAAUCAAAGACAAAUUAACUUGUUGUGAUGGAGACACAGUGACGUGGUUUUAGACCAGCGGUAUCCAGAUGUUUUAGCGCCGCUGGGUUUUCACUGUCUUACCUGCAGCUGCGAGUUCUGAAACUUGUUACAGAUAUUCUGUUGUGAAUAAUAACAACACAACUCCAGGUCAGAUUGCCUCGAGUAAAUGGCAACAUUUUUGUUUUAAUGCUGAGUGAGGAUGAUUUUGCACAUAAUUUGAAAUCUAGUUAGGUGUAGCCUUUGCUGUAGCAUAGGCUAUAUUUUACUGACAUUAUGAUACCCAAUAUAGAAGACUGAUUUUUAGAAGACUCACUAGCCUAAAGUGAAGGUUAUAAUAACACCGAAAAAGAAAGAAUCCUUUUUAAAGAUCUAUAAAAUCUGAAAAGCUACUGAAUUCUAAAAUAUUUGGCUGCGUACACUUUUAGUGCACUCUACAACCUGAAAACGUUUCCAAAUUCUUGCACAAGACAGUGAAAAUAUAUCUGUUGUUUGAUAGGGUUACUCUUAGAUGUCGUGGGGUCCACUGAUAUCAUUUUGACUUUUAUGUCGGAUUUAUGAAACGUGCGCCCUCUUUAGUCCUGAUUAUAAACAAAGCAUUUUCACACUUGCCUUUUUUAAACCUUACCACCCUGAACUCAACUUAUAAAUCUGUUGUUUCUCAUGGCUGAAAACACAGGGGAAAAAAACAGAAUGUGGUGGUCCCACUUCUCUUUUCAAAAAGUAUUGCAUUGUACCCAUCAUAUUUUAUCAACUUCGUUUCCAGCUCUUUAGUGUUUUAUUUCCUUUUAAUACCAGAAAGGCUAAUUUUAUUUUUCAGGUGAUGUCUGCAGAGGGCCAAACGAGUGGCAGAUUUUUAGACUGUCUCUUGUGUUUACUAGAACUCCCAGGUGUUUUUUGAGGCAGUUGGGGCAGAGUCUAGCUUUAGACCUUGGUCACUCUGAACUGGAUCAGUUGCACUGAUUGCACAAGUGAUUGACCAGAUCAAAGAGUCUACUGUGAUCCCCCUCAGUGUGCUGAGGGACGGCUGCCAUUGGCCGAGGGUAGGCGGGAGGCAGGGUUAUGUCUCUGUACAGUCUGUUUAUCAGUAUUCCUUUUGUCUCUCCUGUCAUUUGGUGGAUCUUGCUGUUUUAUUCUCCCUGGUCCAGAGACCUGUAUUAAACUGUAUUAAAUUGUAUAGAUUGUGCAAAAAGCUGAAUGUCGCAUAGCAGAAGAGAAAAGCUAUUCCUUACAGAUGACAAAGUGAUUUAAAAUGUAUAAAAGAAAUUCAGAAACAAAGUUUAGGGGAUAAAUGUAAUAUUUUGUUUGUAAUUACUAUUUUUUGUUGGAAGAGGGCUACUGGAUAAAGAAUCAUCUGUAAUAAAGUAAUUUUAAUAUUU